AUGAACACAGACCUGCACUCCAACGCCGAGCAAUCUGCACCAAGCCAUGAAGAGCCAGCACCGCUGGAUAGCUACGAACUUUACUGGCGGGAUCGGCGGGGGAUGCUCGAGGACCGCGGGUACAUGCUACGCCCUCGGUAUUGCGACCAAGGGGCAAAGGAGGGGCGCGUCAAAACGACUCCCAUCGACCCACCGCUCUAUGAACACUAUUCGGUAAAGCGUCCCGUGCGGACGAACAUCAUGGACGCCACUCGCAUCUCGGACGGGAAGCUGGUGAUGAUCAAAGCGGGAUCAACAAAAGCCGAAGAGUUCAAGACGAUCUUGCGGCUUUCGACGCCUGAACUGCGCGCAGAUCCGCGGAACCCUUGCGUGCCGAUGCUGGACCACUUCGUCGACAUCUACGACGACCAGAUUUCGUAUAUCGUCACGCCGUUCUUCAGACGUUUCGACGACCCGCCUUUCCAAACAUUCCAGGAAAUCUUAGACUGUAUAGAUGCCUUGCUGAACGUAUGCAGUACCGAUUGCGCCAGGGAGAACAUUGUCAUCGACGCUGCCGCGCUCUAUCCGCAAGGUUUUCAUCCCGCCCAACUGGACAUGCUACCGGAUCUUAGUGGUCCUGCGCCCAUCUUGAAAAGAUCACAAGCACCAUGUCGAUAUUACUUCUUCGAUUACGAGCAGUCACUGUACAUACCAGUGGAGGUGUCCCCCAAAAUUGCUCCUUGCUGGUUCGGCUGGGAUUCAGACAUUCCCGAAGUUGAGUUCAGAGGCAGGCCGUACGACCCGUUCAAGGCGGAUGUAUGGUUGCUCGGGAGGGUAAUACGACGGGAAUUCUGCUGUGAAUGGUCCGGGCUCGAGUUCUCGUACAGCUGGGCGCUGUUGAUGACAAACGACGAUCCUGCUCUGCGACCGGACGCUGCAGGCUGUCUGGCGACGUGGAAAGACAUGUGCUCAAAGAUAAGCCUGAGACGGUGCUGCGCUAGGGCACGCUUGCGAUACAACGAUAGGCCCACUACGGAGUCGCGAGUGCAGGAUCUUCUUUCAUACAUGCGCGCAUUGCGCCAGUGCGCCAUCGAUAUGCUUCGACCCUCGUAUAUUUAGGACUACAUGAUACCGUACAAUCCGUGGUACCAUUACAUUGAAGCGAAAUACAGGACAUAUUCAGACAUGAGGGCCGAGCGCAGUUCACUUACCUUUAUAGCAAACACAAGGACCAGAGAGCGGUGGAGCCACUACUGGAACGUCGCAGACUCCUCAAGACGGGCCGCCGCGGCGCGGGCACUCGGGCGCCGACCGGGCUCGAGCGACCAGCACUCACACAUGAGCUGCCACAGGCCCUGCGCCAUCGGCGUGCGGGCGGGGUCCGCGGGACGCGAGGGCGGGACGUUGACGGGCGGGAUGCCCUGCGUGAUGAGCGCCACAACCUGCGGGUCGUUCGCGAGCUCGAAGUACGGUAUCUUGCCGGUGUACAGCUGGGCACGUCGGCGGUUAGUCAGUGCAGCGUGGGAGAACAGGGGGCGGGCGCACCUCGAGGCAGAGCAUCCCGAACGCGAACAUGUCGCUCUCGAACGUCGUGCGCGUCUGGCCUUCGUUCUGCAGCUCCGGCGCGCACCACCGCAGGCUGCCCAGGCGCGCUGAGUCAUAGUUGCCUGGAUGGCCGCGCGCGAAGAGGGAGAGCCCAAAGUCGGCGAGCACCGCACGGUUGUCCGCGUGGAUGAGGAUGUUUGCCUUUUGAAUGCUUAGCAAA